GACCGUGAGAGAGUGAGCGGCCACAGAGCGACCAGGAACCGGACAGAACCAGGAACCACAGCACGAUGUUCUUCCAGAUGUGUCCUCACCUCCUCUGCUUCCUGCUGCUGCUCUGCAUCCCUGACACACACUCCGCUAAAUGUCCUGAGCAGUGUGUGUGUGACCAGAUCCAGCUCACUGUGACCUGCAACAGCAAGAACCUCACACACAUCCCCCCUACUUUGGAUGAGAUCACAGUGAAAUUGGAUCUGCGUGGUAACGACAUCCAGGAGCUUCCCUCCGGGGCCUUCAAACACACACCGUACCUCACACACCUGUCGCUGCAGCGCUGUAACGUCCGCAGGGUGAAGGAGGGGGCUUUCCGUGGCCUCGGACGCCUCGUCUUCCUCAACCUGGCCAACAACAACAUCGACAUCCUCUACCAGGAGUCGUUUGACGGCCUGUCCUCGCUGAAGCAGCUCCUGAUCGACCGUAACCGGGUGGAGGAGAUUCAGCCCGGAGCUUUCUCUCAGCUCGGCUUCCUCAACCUGCUCUCCCUCACACACAACCAGCUGGUGUACAUCCCCAACAUGGCCUUCCAGGGCUUGCAGAACAUCAAAUGGCUUCGUCUGAGUCACAACUCUUUAAAUUACCUGGACACGGAGGCUUUGGCCGGGCUGUUCACGCUCACACGUCUCAGUCUGGACCACAACGAGCUGCAGUUCUUCCCCACAGAGACCAUGACCAGACUUCCAGAGGUGACCCGUCUUGACCUGAGCUACAACCCGAUGACGUACCUGGGAGAGGAGGUGGUUUCCAUGAAGAAACUGACGCACCUCUUCAUGGAUCACAUGUCCCUGCAGGACCUGGACCCCACGGCCUUCUCCAAAUCCAGCAAACUGGUGCACCUGGACCUCGGUCACAACCAGCUGAGAGUCCUGCAGCCUUUCUCCGAGGGAACGUCGUCGCUGGCUCGCCUGAACCUGGCCGGGAACCCUCUCUCCUGCAACUGCUACCUGCGUCCUCUCAGGGAAUGGUCGAUCCGUAACAAGGUGAAGCUGCUGGGCACCUGUGGAGGUCCAGCCCACCUGUCAGGGGAGAGCCUGGAGGCCGUGCACCCUCCGGAGCUGCGCUGCCAGAGCCAGGAGGCCAUGCUGAGGGCGGAGAGGGAGGAGGCCGCCAGGAUCACUCCUCCUCCCACUCAGGAGCCAAAGAACAAGGUCAAGUGUCCGGCAAACUGCGCCUGCGAGGCUGAUACACACCACUCUUCGUGUGAGAACCGCGCUCACACUAAAGUUCCUCAGGGUUUCUCUCCGGACACGAGGCUCCUGGACCUCCGAGGAAACCACUUCCACUUCAUCGCCAGCAGCAGCUUCCCCGGCAUGACCCAGGUGGUUUCGCUCCACCUGCAGCGCUGCAAGAUCGUGGAGGUGGAGGACGGGGCGUUCAGCGGCAUGAAGGGUCUGAUCUACCUUUACCUGUCCGAGAACGACCUCUCCUCCCUCAGCCCUGGCGCCUUCAAAGGCCUCCCUCAGCUCACGUACCUCCACCUGGAGAAGAACCGCUUCACCGGUUUCCCCCGGGGAGCCUUCAGCCUGGUGCCCAGCCUGCUGGCUCUGCACCUGGAGAACAACUCCAUCUCCAGGCUGGAGCCGGACGUCCUGCUGGGGGCCGGGAGCCUGCGCUCGCUCUACCUCACCGGGAACGCCAUCGGGAACGUGUCCCCUCGAGCUCUGGAGGGGGCGGGGGACCUGGACACGCUCCACCUGGGGGGCAACAAGCUGAAGGAGGUGCCCACCGAGGCGUUUAGUAAGAUGGGGAGCCUGCGGGACCUGAGGCUGUCCGGGAACACCAUCCGCUGGGUGGGGCCGAACGCCUUCAGACCCCUGGAGAGGAGCCUGAAGGAGCUGUACCUGGACAACAUGGGGCUGGAGAAGAUGUCUCAGAGCUCCCUGGCAGGAGUGGGUCCAGGUCUGAGGAGUCUCUUCCUGGAGGGGAACCUUCUGGAGGAGGUGCCGGACCUCCACCCUCUCUCUUCUCUGGAGGUCAUCAACCUGGCCCACAACCCUCUGAUGUGUGACUGCCCUCUGCUGCCACUGCGCAUGUGGAUAGAGAAAGUGAACCUGAAGGUGCGAGCCACGUGUGCGAAUCCCCCCGAGCUGAUUGGUCGACGGGUGAAGGACGUCCAGGUCUUCAGAGCCUGUCCUGGGGGAGAAAGUCUUCCUCCCCCCCCCCACCGUCACCCCAAAACCAGCCAAGGCCCCCAAAGCCACCAAACCCAAACCGAUGCACCUCAAAGGCCCGCGGCGGGUCAAGAUGCUCAAAGCCAAACGUCGUAAAGGAUCCAACACAAAACCCACGGCGGCGAAGAAAACCACCAAGAGACAAACCAUGGAGUUAAUUUGAUGUAACCUGUGAAGGGUUUUUAACAUCUUCAAUAUAUCAGAUUUCUAUUACAUUGUUUCUGCAUCAUUUUCUAUUCGUCAUCUAUUGGUAACUGUUGAAAAACGUCUGUUACAACACAUUAUGUAAUGAGUUCACUGACAAAAUGUAACACUCGUACAACACACUUCCUUAUGUAAUAACACUCAUUCGUUAAUAAGCAGCUUCAAGGCAAUAUGUAAUGCAUUCACCUGCUUCUCGUAAUGUUUCUUACACCAUGCCAGAGUCGUUUUAUCUGACGCAGCAUGGCCUGAGAAAGCUGCUUUUUAAAGUUUUUAAAAGACAAACCAUGGAGUUAAUUCCUCUAGAAACUCAUCCUGUUAAGGGUUUUUAACAGCUUCAAUAUAUCAGAUUUCUAUUACAUUGUUUCUGCAUCAUUUUCUAUUCGUCAUCUAUUGGUAACUGUUGAAAAACGUCUGUUACAACACAUUAUGAAAUGAUUUCACUGACAAUCACAAUGCAUAUCCUUAUGUAAUAACACUCAUUCGUUAAUAAGCAGCUUCAAGGCAAUAUGCAAUGCAUUCACCUGCUUCUCGUAACGUUUCUUACAUCAUGCAUGAGUUGUUUUAUCAGACAUGGCUGGAGAAAGCUGCUUUUUAAGAAAGACAAACCAUGGAUUUAAUUCCUCUAGACAUGUAUCCUGCUGAGGCUUUUUAACAUCUCCUAUAGGAUAGACUUAUAUCAGACUAUUGUUGCAUUAUUUACUCUGUUUUCAAAUCAUUAGUGUAGAAACAACACAAAUAUGCAAUAACACAAUGUUAUAGUUGGCCAUGGCCAACAUGCAAUACGUUUGGACGUAUUAUCCAAUAACACCUGCAUUUCGUAAUAAUUAACUACAUAUUGCAAUGUGUUUUACAUGUAUGAGUCUUUUUAUCAGACAUGGCCUGAGAGAGCUGCAUUUUUUACAUUUUAUACUGCUUCAUAAACAAUACUGACAUCCCUGUGCUCCUCCGAGUCUGGGGGUCCGGGGAUGUGAGGAGGACA